AUGGGCAAGGGGGAGCGGCCAGAGCACACGGCCCCUCCCGAGAUCUUUUACAAUGAAGAGGAGGCCCGCAAAUACACCACCAACAGCCGUAUGAUAGCGAUCCAGGCGUCCCUCACAGCGCGCGCGCUGGAGCUCCUGGCGCUGCCGCCGGGCGGGCCCCCCAAGGUGCUGCUCGACGUCGGCUGCGGCAGCGGGCUCAGCGGGGAGGCUCUGAGCGAGGCCGGCCACGUGUGGGUGGGGUGUGACAUCAGCGAGGCCAUGCUGGACGUGGCGGUCGACAGGGAGGUCGACGGGGACGUCCUGCUGUCUGACAUGGGCCAGGGCCUGCCCCUGCGCCGCGGCGUCUUCGACGGCGCCAUAUCCAUAUCAGCGGUGCAGUGGCUCUGCAACGCCGACCGCAGCAACCACGACCCCCGGAAGCGCCUCAAGCGGUUCUUCGAGACGCUGUACGCCUGCCUCGCGCGCGGCGCACGCGCGGUGCUGCAGAUCUACCCUGAGAACGCGACGCAGGCAGAGAUGCUCGUGGCAGCUGCCAUGAAGGUGGGCUUCAGCGGCGGCCUGGUGGUGGACUACCCCCACUCCACCCGCGCCAAGAAGUACUUUCUGGUGCUCAUGGUCGGCACAGGUGGCUACAUCCCGCAGGGCAAGGAGGGCGACUCUGAUGAGGAGAUGGAGGAAGCAGCCCCUGCCGCCCGCCGCCAAGUCGCCGUCGCAGGCCGCGACCGGACGCGGCGCAAGGGCGGCGGCCCCCACGGCCACGGGGUGACGAAGGACAAGGGCUGGGUGCUCAAGAAAAAAGACAAGCUGCGGCGCAAGGGGCACGAGGUCAAGCCGGACACAAAGUACACGGCUCGCAAGCGGCGGCGCAUCGUGUAG